AUGCCUAGUAAAAAAGAUAUCGAAGGAUUGAAUAAACAACAGAAAAGUUCGGGAAGCCAACACUCUAGGAGUGUGGCGAAUUCCGGUCCUCCAUCUUAUUAUUCUGCAACAAUGCCCAAGACACCACCAAGAUCGGUGGCAGCAUUAUCGGAGGCAUCAUUCGUAUCAUCUAGUGCACCACCAUCUUCAAAAGAAUCAAAAGUUUCGUCUAGGCACGCACCUUCAACGGCAUCAACGAAACAUCAUAAAGCACCAUCCAAGGCAUCGGAAGUUCAGAAAAAGGAUGACAGACUUAGAGGGCAAAGUGUCUGGAAUGAAAGUGAUGUAUACGCAGGAGGGGAUGAUGGAGGACCUGGGGAGCAAUCACAUCAUGGAGAUAGUGAACCGGCAAAAUCAAAUCAUGGGAGUACACACGGCGGUAGAAGAACUCGAGAGCAAUCACAUCAUGGAGAUAGUGAACCGGCAAAAUCAAAUCAUGGGAGUACACACGGCGGUAGAAGAACUCGAGAGCAAUCACAUCAUGGAGAUAGUGAACCGGCAAAAUCAAAUCAUGGGAGUACACACGGCGGUAGAAGAACUCGAGAGCAAUCACAUCAUGAAGAUGAAGGUGGAGAUGGAGAUGGUGAAAGGCAUUAUGGAAUGCCUCAAGAAUCAAGUCCCGAUGCAGAGUCAGUUGGAGGUGGUGGACAACCUUACUUUGCGGAACCCAUAAACGAUGGUACAAUGUCUCAAGGAUCGGGUCACAGAAAACCUCGAGGAUGGCAAAGAGAUGGAACCCCCUCAAAAGCGAAAAGUAUAAUUAUGAGUGGUAGUGGACGUUAUGAAAAAAAGAAGGAUGGGUCUUCAAAAUCGAUGAUUAGUGGAAGACAGAAGGGAGGUGAAAACGAUAAUAGAGAGGAUAAAACACCUUCAGAAUCAGGAAAGAUUAAAACAUAUUCAGAAUCAGGAAAGAAUAAAACAGCUUCAGAAUCAGGAAAGGUUAAAAUACCUUCAGAAUCAGGAAAGAGUAAAACAUAUUCAGAAUCAGGAAAAGGUAAAACACCUUCACAAUCAGAAAUAGGUGAUAUGGAACCUCCAGAGUUGAUGGGAAAUGGUGGAAGCGAUUAUGGUGGAAGUCAGACUGGAAGUCGGAGAGGAGGUCAAGGAUAUGAUGAAAAACAAGGGAAAAAGGUUGCUUUUUCAAGUGCAGAUAAUCCAGCCCAGCCACUUGAUGAUAUUCAAGAAUGCGAGCCCGAUUUUGAGGGAUUUGAUGUUCCUGGUGGAGGCCGAGGGACGAAACCCCAGGUAAGAAGUACCAUGUGGAAAGCAGCAGCGAGCUUUUUAAGAGAACCUGACGAACAUGACUCGUUAAACGAUGUACCAAGAGGGAGAGUACUCACAGACAAAUAUGUGCAUAUAAGGAAAGCAAGUGGUUACAAACCUCAGGAGAAGCCGACGACCGGGGAGAUAGAAAACCGGAAAAAGAUAGCUCAUUCUUGGGGUAAAUAA